AAGACCAUACCACUCCCUCACUCAAAUUCAUUCAUCUCAAAUCUCACCAGUCCUUCAGAGUUCCUCAACCCGCAUACCUUUUCUCUCAGUGUUUCAGUGUUUCUCUCUGCCUACUUCAUCUCCCUCUUUCAUGGCUCUGGAAGCUCUCAACUCACCAACCACACCCACGCCUUCCUUUCACUACGAGCAACCCAGCCUCCACUCUCUGGAGUCAUGGGCCAAGCGCAAGCGUUCCAAGCGUCCUCGCUUCGACAACCAACCUACAGAGGAAGAGUAUCUGGCUCUCUGCCUCAUCAUGUUGGCUCGAGGAGGCGCCGCCUCCUCCACCGUCUCACACCGCCGCCAUCUCUCUCCCCCUCCUGCCCUGCAGGUGGAAGCUCCUAAACUCACAUACAAAUGUUCAGUUUGUAACAAGGCCUUCGCAUCCUACCAGGCACUAGGGGGACACAAGGCCAGCCACCGUAAGCAGUCCGGAUCCGAUGACCUGUCGGCCUCCAUCACCACCACAAGCACCGCGGCCGCUGCCAGCGGUGGUAGGACUCAUGAGUGUUCCAUCUGUCACAAGACUUUCCCCACUGGACAGGCUUUGGGUGGACACAAGCGAUGCCACUACGAAGGCGGCGCCAGCGUCAGCAGUGGCGUUACCUCGUCCGAAGGUGUGGGGUCAACCCACAGCCACCGUGACUUCGACCUCAACCUGCCGGCCUUUCCCGAAUUAUGGUCCGCACGUCGAUUCCCAGUCGAUGACGAGGUCGAGAGUCCUCUGCCGACAAAGAAGCCCCGUCUCCAGAUGCUGCCGCCAAAAACCGAAGUCUCUCAAGAUCACCAUUAGAUUUCCAAAUUUAGGAUUAGUUUCUUUCUUUCUUCUCUAGAAAUGACCAUUGAAAUUCGUGUAUUUUUUUUUUUUUUUCCUUUUAGCUCCCCUCGAUUAGAAUUUGUUUCUCCUGUACAUGCUAUCUGAACUCGUAGUUGUUCAGCUGUGAUAGUGAUUAUUCAAUUGAUUGAUUUUUUAUUAAAAAAAAUUAAAGCUCUCAUGUGUCC